AUGACUAAAGUUAAUAAACCACCCACGACCAGCAACCCCAAUAUAAAAUUAAAGAAACCUAAUUCGAAAGAAGAAGAGGACUUAAACCAACCGGUAAAAAAAACACUGAUCGCAAAAAACAUAAAGGUUGUGAAAAAACCUGAAGAUAUAAGCCCAUCUCCGAGAAAAAGCGAAAAUGAAAGUGCGGUAAAAGACCAAGCCCAAAAGGGAGUAAACAGCACAGACCCUAAGCCUAAACCUGCGACACCUGAUAAUAAAGCGAAAAGCGAUGCGGACAGUAAUUCAAAAAAAAAUGCGGGUACCAGUAAAAAUGCCGCGGACAGCAGUGGAGGAGACGUGCAACUGGGGUACUUCUCCUGGUUGUGGAGGUACUUUCCCAAAAAGAAGACCUAA